AUGAACAUGAAGCUAGCAGCACAGUGCAGCCGUGGCUGCCGUCCUGCCGUUGGCCCCUCUGCCGGAGCACCUCCGCCAGUGGUCAUGGCCGGCGCAGUGGCGUCGCCCGGCAAGCAAAUGCUGCUGGCUCGACAGCACCCUCCGGGCCCGGGGAGGCAUCUGCCUUCACUUGGCUUGAGCUGGACUAGCAGGGCCGCCGGUGUCGUCGUUGCUAGUGCCACCGCCACCGCCGCCACUAGUAGUAGGCAGCCAAAAGAGGAGGAUCGUCGUGCGAGCCGAAACAUCUCGGGUUUUCAGCCAUCCAUCUGGGGAGAUUUCUUCCUUACCUACUCCAGUCCUCUGGCUUCGUCGUCCGCUCAAAAGGCAUGGAUGGUACAUCGCGCAGAACAACUGAAGGAAGAAGUGGCAAAACUGAUAGCAGCUUCAAGUGCUUCUAGCCUGUACAAUAGGAUUCAUCUCAUUCAUGUCUUGGAGCGUCUUUGUCUGGAUCAUCUUUUCGAAGACGAGAUCAGUGAUAUGCUAACUCAAAUUAGUAACGUUGAUGUUAGUGGCUGUGAUCUUCAAACGGUGGCUAUGUGGUUCUAUCUUCUCCGAAAGCAUGGAUACAAGGUCUCAUCAGAUGUCUUUGCCAGGUUCAGAGACGAACAGGGGAGUUUUGCAGCAAACAAUCCAAGGGGUCUACUGAACCUUUACAAUGCUGCUUGUCUCAGGACGCAUGGAGAGAUAAUACUUGAUGAGGCUAUUUCCUUCACGACGAAGUGUUUAAAAUCAAUAGCACCCUACAUGGAAACAUCAUUAGCAAGUGAAAUAAAGCGUGCGCUUGAGAUCCCCGUUCCUAGAAGUGUAAGAAUUUAUGAAGCCAAAACUCAUAUAGCUGAAUAUGGAAAAGAGACUGAAGCUAAUGAACUGAUUGUAGAUCUAGUAAGAGCCUAUAAUAAGGAGGUAAAAUGGCGAGAGCAAGGGUAUGUCCCUGCAACCGUUGAGGAACACUUGCAGGUUUCAGCAAGAAGUGGUGCUUGUCACCUCUUGUCGUGCACAUCAUUUGUUGGAAUGGGAGAUGCGGCAGCUCAAGAAGCUUUCGAAUGGGUAUGUAGUGUGCCAAAAAUAGUACAGGCGCUCUGCAUUAUUCUCAGGCUUUCUGAUGAUCUCAAGUCAUAUGAGAGAGAGAAAAUGACCUCACAUGUUGCUUCGACAAUAGAAAGCUGCAUGAAAGAGCACCAAGUCCCACUUGAAGUGGCACGUGUGAAGAUACAAGAAAUGAUAGAUGAAACCUGGAAAGAUUUUAACGAGGAAUGGCUGAACAUGAACAAUCACCAGCCGACAGAGUUACUGGAGAGGAUCUUCAACCUGACAAGAACAAUGGUGUAUAUGUACCAACAAGAUGACGCGUACACAAAUUGUCAUGUCAUCAAAGACACUAUAAACUCGUUGUUUGUCGAGCCUGUUUCGAUAGCAUAG